AUUCGUUAUGUCAAAUUUAAAUUCAAUGUAAACAUUUAUUUACGAAGAAUUUAGUUUAACUUGUAUGAAAGUGAAUAAAGUGUUGUAAAAUAUGGAAGACUUCGAUGUGUUUACAAAUGAAAUAAACUUUACAAAACCGUUAUUCAAAAACAUAUUGAAUAAAUAUGUGAAUGAUGUGCCCUCAACUCCUAACGGACCGAAUUAUCAAAGUGGUCGGAAACUUAUGGCUGAGGAAUGUCUAGCGAGUAACGAUGACGUCGGCUGCGCAUUCCAUUUAAGUGAGGCAGCUUCAGCGUCAUUGAGGACCAUGGCUGUGUAUAGAGAUGAACAGUUGAAGGCCGCUGGAAACAAAUUACACAAGAUCACAAGCUACAUAAAACCAGUCCAACAAGUGAUAGAUGAUAAUCCUAUACCAAAGAAAGAGAAGAAGCUCCUAGAUCUCCUAUCAGAAGGCACAGACGACAUCACCAACAUAUUACAAACAUUAUCAAUAGACAAGGAGGUGCCAUUUCACAAGAGAUAUCUUCAUUUCUCCAAAGAGAACAAUGUGGACAACUUUCAGAAGAUACUGAAAGAGUUGCCUAAAGAGUGGACAAUUAUCCAAUUGACUGUGCCGUACAAUCCCAACGAGAACUUGAAACCGCUCCUGGAGUAUAGAACGGAGGUGGACGCCUUGUACCUGAGCAUGUUCACCAAUGACUACCUGGAGGACGCCAGGCUGGGACCUAUGACUGUUCAUGUACCUGCAAAUGUUACUAAAGCCACGAUCGUCCCACUGCAGGAAGGAGAAAAGCCUCUAUUUACCGAGUUAUUCUCGAUAUUGGAUGAGAACUACAAAACUAUAGACAAUGCUCAGUUUCUGAACAAUAAACGCCUUGUACAGAACUACUGGAGUCGGCGGGAGGACAUUGACUUGCGGAUGAAGAGUGUAAUAAAUGUAAUGGACAAGGAAUGGCUGGGCGGCUGGGGCUGCUUGCUGACCGGUAAACUUAUAGACAAGAGCUGGAAGGAGAAGGUCGUCAAAUUAGUUGACAACGCCAUAUUGGAUUGGGGUUUCAUCAGGCUAACACAAAAACAAAAAAUCUUACUCUACAACCUAAUAGAAUGCAGUCCAGUGUUGCAAUCACAACAAAUUAAAUCUUGUAUCCGAAGAAUAUUGACUGAAUAUGGCAACACUGAAGAUGUCAGACAAGUUUUGAAUUCAGAAUGUGGCAUCGAUGGUAUCAAGGCGUUUUCUCAAACGGCUUCUAUAGUCAAAGAUGGUGAUGAAUGGACAGGUUUGAAGAAGGCUAAGAGGCAUCCUGUUAUUCUUAUUGUUGAUGAGAGGUUAGACACAUUCCCAUGGGAAACGAUACCCAUACUGAACCAGCACCCUGUAUCUCGGAUGGAGAACAUUCACUUUUUGUACUACCUGUAUAAAGUGCAUGAAAAAAAUAUUGUCGAUGGAUACUAUGCGGCCAAGUGUGACGUCGGGAGAUAUGUUAUAAACCCAGAAAAGAACCUCGAUCGCAUGGAGAACCGUAUGACCUCGUUCGUGGAGUACUGGUGUCCAAACUGGAAGGGCCAUGUAGGCGAGGCUCCGUCUCCUACAGACUUCAUCUCGCAUAUCAGUGAAGCUGACAUACUGCGGGCACGGCGACGGCUGCCAGCUGGCGGGCGGCGCGGGGCGCGCGGCGGCGUGGAGGGCGCGGCGGGGGGGGCGGGGGGCGCGCUGGUGUUGCUGGCGGGCUGCGGCUCCGUGCGGCUGGCGCGGGCCGCGCCGCGCUCACCGCCCGCCGCCGCGCAGCACCAUCUACAUAUUGCGGGCUGCCCAAUGGUAAUAGGUAUGCUAUGGGAGGUAACUGACCUGGAGGUGGACAAAGUGAUCAGCACGUUGGUAUCUCUGUACGUGCCGUCUGACGCACCAGUACCAUGGCAACAUGUCGGGAAGGCCAAGUGGAGCAAUCGAGUACUAGAUACAUCAGUAGAGAAUCCUGGGCAAGUCCCAUCGGAGCGUGAUUUACUCCGCGCAGUAUGUCGGGCGCGAGGAUCCAGUUCCUACGUCAUGAUCGCAUGCAGUGUCGUCGCUAGGGGACUACCGCUGCGACUGAGGGAUUGAUUGAUUACACAGAAACGGACUGAUUUAUAAAAAAUGUAAUUGUACAUAAUAAAUACCUGCUAUACAA